GAAGGAGACCAGCUUUUUAAGAUGGGCAUCAAGAUCCUCCAGCAGUCUAAAAGCCGAAAACAAAAAGCAGAAGCCUACAAACUCUUUGCUAAAGCAUCUGACAUGGGAAACUUGAAAGCUAUGGAGAAAAUGGCUGAUGCUUUGCUAUUUGGAAAUUUUGGCAUGCAAAACAUAACAGCAGCUAUCCAAUUAUACGAGUCCUUGGCUAAAGAAGGAUCAUAUAAAGCCCAAAACGCAUUAGGAUUUUUGUCUUCUUGUGGAAUAGGAAUGGAAUACAAUCAAGCUAAGGCACUGAUAUAUUACACCUUUGGAAGUGCUGGAGGAAGCAUGAUAUCCCAGAUGAUUUUGGGGUACAGAUAUUUGUCAGGAAUCAGUGUUCUACAGAAUUGCGAAGUUGCCCUAAGUCAUUACAAGAAAGUGGCAGAUUAUAUUGCUGACAAACUGGAAAAAAGUGAAAGUGUUCCAGUGGAAAAAGUGAGACUAACUGAAAGACCUGAAAAUCUGAGUUCUAACAGUGAGAUUUUGGACUGGGACAUAUACCAAUACUAUAAAUUUUUGGCUGAAAGAGGAGAUGUUCAGAUACAAGUAUCUCUUGGACAGUUACAUCUAAUUGGGAGGAAAGGUCUAGAUCAGGAUUACUAUAAAGCAUUAUACUACUUCUUAAAGGCAGCAAAAGCUGGGAGUGCAAAUGCCAUGGCAUUUAUAGGAAAGAUGUAUUUAGAAGGGAAUGUUGCAGCACCGCAAAAUAAUGCUACCGCUUUCAAAUACUUUUCUAUGGCAGCUAAUAAGGGCAAUGCCAUUGGUCUUCAUGGGCUCGGUCUUCUUUACUUUUAUGGGAAAGGAGUUCCUGUGAAUUAUGCAGAAGCACUUAAAUACUUUGAGAAAGCUGCAGAGAAGGGAUGGCCAAACGCACAGUUUCAGUUAGGCUUCAUGUACUACUCUGGCUCUGGAGUAUGGAAGGAUUAUAAGCUUGCCUUCAAAUAUUUUUACUUGGCAUCUCAGAGUGGGCAGCCCCUCGCCAUUUAUUACCUGGCCAAGAUGUACGCCACAGGAACAGGAGUGUUAAGAUCAUGCAGAACCGCUGUGGAGCUUUAUAAAGGUGUCUGUGAACUAGGCCACUGGGCUGAGAAAUUCCUGACAGCAUACUUUGCCUAUAAGAAUGGUGAUAUAGAUUCUUCUCUUGUUCAAUAUGCACUGCUUGCAGAAAUGGGUUAUGAAGUAGCUCAAAGCAAUUCAGCAUUCAUUUUGGAAUCUAAAAAAGCUAAAAUCCUUGAAAAAGAGAAGAUGUAUCCAAUGGCACUUCUCCUAUGGAAUCGAGCUGCCAUUCAAGGCUAUGCAUUCGCUAGAGUGAAAAUUGGAGAUUACCAUUACUAUGGCUACGGGACUAAGAAAGACUAUCAAACAGCAGCCACGCAUUACAGCAUCGCAGCCAACAAAUACCACAGCGCACAAGCCAUGUUCAACCUGGCCUAUAUGUAUGAACAUGGUUUAGGUAUUGCAAAGGACGUUCGCUUGGCCAGGAGAUUAUAUGAUAUGGCUGCUCAAACAAGUCCGGACGCUCACAUACCUGUGUUCUUUGCCCUCAUGAAACUGGAAACUGUGCAUUUGUUUCGAGAUAUCCUGUUUUCUAAUUUUACCAUGAGAUGGAAAUGGAUGAAAUUGGACAAUACCCUUGGACCACACUGGGAUUUAUUUGUGAUUGGCCUAAUUGUUGCCGUGCUGAUCUUCUUGCUUAGAAAUCGCUACCUGUAGGAUCUGGACCACAGAAAAAACCUGCUCACGGGAACCAGUUCACUUCAAGUCAUCUUCACUAAAUAAAA